AUGGCGUCGAUGAUGACGCUAGUCCCCUCUGUGACAAACUAUGACAGAACUUCUGCCGUUCUUACUCUGGAACACAACUUCCCUGUUGACAACGGAUUCAAAGCCCUUGUCAACAUUCAACUUCUGCUGAAUAGCGUAAAGUCCCACGAGACUCGAAUUGGAGAGUGGGUCAAUGUUGUGGGUUAUGUAGUCGACAUAGGUGAACACCAAGACACCAAAAGAACUGAUCUUAACACUAGAGGUCGUGUAUCACGAAGUUUCUUGUAUCCCUUCUAUGAUCCAAUCACCACCUAA